UAUAAAAAGUUGUAAUUUCUAAAAAAAACCUUUCUAUAAAACGUGUAAACUUCACAACUUUAAAAAAAAACAGACAUGAAUCAAUCUAAUUCAACUACUGAUUAUUGUGAGAGUACAACAACAACAAGACAUUUAGUUUUUUUGCUAAUCUGUACAUGUAUGCUCGUUAUUGGUUUGCUUGGUAAUGUUUUAUGUGUAAUAGUUAUCUUGGGGUCUCGACAACUUCGUAGUAUUACUGGUUAUUAUUUUCUUAUUUCGUUAGCCAAUGCAAAUAUAGGUGUUUUGUUAUUCGUUGCUACUUAUAAAAUUGAUUUUUUUAAAAAUAAUUUAAGCUAUUGCCAUUCGUUUGAGUACUGCGUAUUUUCAACGUUUGUUGACUAUUUAUUCUCGAUUGCAGCAGCGUUUCAUAUGACAGUCAUUGCUGUUGAUAGAUUUAUUGCUAUAACCAGCCCCUUCUUCUAUAGUACACAUUUCAUUAAAAAAAAAGUAAAAUUUUAUAUUUUAUUUGUUUGGCUAUGGUGCGCACUCUGGGCAAGUUUGGGUAUUUUUCGUUGGGAUAAAGGUAAAGUUAUCCUUAUAAUGGAGCAUCGACGAUGCGUUAACGAAAAUAAAUACUAUUUAUCCACAAUGUUAGUUAAUAUAGUUCUUUUGCCAGUAAUUAUAUUUUUUUGGUGCUACAUGCAUAUAUUUCGGGUUAUACAAAAUAUCACUACGUACCAAAAUAAAUUAUACUCUAACAAAAACAAGUUACCUAGAAAAGAGGUGAAAGCCGUUAAAACAGUUUUUAUAGGUUUUGUUGUUUUUAGUGUAUGUUAUGUGCCACAUUCUACAACAUCCCUUCUCAGUGUCUGGACUAAAAUUAUAAAAAAAUUUUAUGAUGCAUAUCCUAACGGGACUGAGAUUUUUCUUUCUAUAGUAUAUCACAUUUUACCGUUGCUUGAUAGUUGCGUAAAUCCUUUCUUGUACUUUGUGUUCGGCUCUCAAUUUAGAAAAGCUUGGAAAGAGUUAUAUUUUAGAUUCAUCGAAAACCCUCAUACUGUUAAUAAUAAACCAAUAAAAAGAAAAAUUGGUAAAAAUAAGCUUUUCAGAAAGACCAAAACAAACAUUUUCAAACUCUCAGAAAAUGAAACUUCAUUUAGCAUAGAAACUCUAGAGUAUGACACAAGUAUCACAGUAAAAAGCGGCGUGGAUAUUAUAGCAGGGCAAGUGUCGAGCUAAUAUAUUAUAUAUAUACCGAAGUAACAUGAAUAAUAAAACACAUUUGUCAAAAUAUACAAAAUAUUUUCCAUUCAAUUCUUCAAUCAUAAAGUAUAAAUUAAACAAAACUAGUAAACUUGACAUGGAAAAAUAAAAGUUGAUAAAUAUCAACUCUAUCAAACUUAUAAAUGUAUUGUUCAAAAAUGUAAAAUAUUUUCAAAAGUUUUAAAUGAUCUUAAAAUUUAAUUUGUUUAAUUUUAAAUUUAUAUUACGUAUAUACUAUGUAUGUAAAAAUUAUUAAUUUUAUUAC